AUGAAUAAAUGAUUAUAUUCUACUAAUCAUAAAGAUAUUGGAACAUUAUAUUUUAUUUUCGGGGCUUGAUCUAGAAUAGUGGGGACCUCUUUAAGAAUAUUAAUUCGUGCUGAACUAGGGUGUCCUAAUGCUCUAAUUGGGGACGAUCAAAUUUAUAAUGUAAUUGUAACAGCCCAUGCUUUUAUUAUAAUUUUUUUUAUAGUAAUACCUAUUAUAAUUGGGGGGUUUGGAAACUGACUAGUCCCAUUAAUAUUAAGAGCCCCUGAUAUAGCUUUUCCGCGAUUAAAUAAUAUAAGAUUUUGACUUUUACCCCCCUCAUUAACUUUAUUAUUAACUAGAAGAUUAGUAGAAAGAGGGACAGGGACAGGGUGAACUGUUUAUCCCCCUCUGUCGUCAACAAUUUCCCAUUCUGGGGCAUCAGUUGAUUUAUCAAUUUUUUCACUUCACUUAGCAGGUAUUUCCUCAAUUUUAGGAGCAGUAAAUUUUAUUUCAACUAUUAUUAAUAUACGGGCCCCCGGAAUAUCGUUUGAUAAAAUGCCUUUAUUUAUCUGAUCAGUAUUAAUUACAGCUAUUCUUUUAUUAUUAUCAUUACCCGUAUUAGCAGGGGCUAUCACUAUGCUAUUAACUGAUCGAAACUUAAAUACAUCCUUCUUUGACCCUGCGGGAGGGGGGGAUCCUAUUUUAUACCAACACUUAUUUUGAUUCUUUGGCCAUCCUGAAGUAUACAUUUUAAUUCUGCCAGGAUUUGGAAUAAUUUCUCAUAUUAUUAGUCAAGAAAGAGGAAAAAAAGAAACUUUUGGGUCUCUAGGGAUAAUCUAUGCUAUAUUAGCAAUUGGAUUAUUAGGAUUUAUUGUGUGAGCUCAUCAUAUAUUUACAGUGGGAAUAGAUGUUGAUACUCGGGCUUAUUUUACUUCAGCUACAAUAAUUAUUGCUGUCCCUACAGGAAUUAAAAUUUUUAGUUGAUUAGCAACAUUGCACGGAACUAAAUUUUAUUAUUCACCAGCUUUAUUGUGAUCAUUAGGAUUCGUAUUCUUAUUUACAGUGGGGGGUUUAACAGGAGUAAUUUUAGCAAAUUCAUCAAUUGAUAUUAUUCUACAUGAUACUUAUUAUGUUGUCGCACACUUUCAUUAUGUAUUAUCUAUAGGGGCAGUGUUUGCAAUUAUAAGAGGAUUCGUUUUCUGAUAUCCUUUAUUAACUGGAGUUAAUAUAAAUGAAAAAUUAUUAAAAAUUCAAUUUAGAGUUAUAUUUUUAGGAGUAAAUUUAACAUUUUUUCCUCAGCAUUUUUUAGGUUUAGCUGGUAUACCCCGACGAUACUCCGAUUAUCCUGAUUCUUAUUCAGCUUGAAAUAUUAUUUCAUCUAUUGGCUCAACUAUUUCAUUUUUAAGAAUUUUAAUAUUUAUUUAUAUUAUUUGAGAAAGAAUAAUUUAUCAACACCAAGUAAUCUUUUCAACUCAAAUAAAUUCAUCAAUCGAAUGAAUACAAAAGUUUCCGCCAGCAGAGCAUAGUUAUGACCAAUUACCUAUUUUAAACAUUAAUUAAUUAAUAUUAAUUAUUGUUAUAUAUAUAUAUAUAUAUAUAUAUAUAUAUAUAUAUAUUGCUACAUGAUCUAACUUAAAUUUACAAGAUAGAACUUCCCCUUUAAUGGAACAAUUAAUUUAUUUUCAUGAUCACUCACUAUUAAUUUUAAUUUUAAUUACUGUUCUUGUUUCGUAUUUAAUAAUUAUAUUAUUUUUUAACUCGUUUACAAAUCGAUUUCUGUUAAGAGGUCAAACUAUUGAAAUUAUUUGAACAAUUAUUCCAGCUAUUAUUUUAAUAUUUAUUGCCUUACCAUCAUUACGAUUAUUAUACUUAUUAGAUGAAAUUAGAAGUCCUUUAAUUACUUUAAAAACAAUUGGUCAUCAAUGAUAUUGAAGAUAUGAAUAUUCAGAUUUUAAUUCAAUUGAAUUUGACUCAUAUAUAAUUCCUGUUAAUGAAAUAAAACUAAAUAAUUUUCGACUACUAGAUGUAGAUAACCGAAUCAUUCUACCCUUUAAUACUAAAAUUCGUAUUUUAAUUUCAGCAGCUGAUGUUAUUCAUUCAUGAACUAUCCCAUCUUUAGGGGUAAAGGUUGAUGGGACUCCUGGACGGUUAAAUCAAACAAAUUUUUUAAUUAAUCGCCCGGGGUUGUUUUUUGGCCAAUGUUCAGAAAUUUGUGGCGCCAAUCAUAGGUUUAUACCAAUUGUUAUCGAAAGAGUAAAAUUAAAUUAUUUUAUUAAUUGAAUUAAAAAUUUUUCUUAAUUUAAUAUUAUUUAUGUUUAUAAUUUAUUCAUUAAAU